CAGACUACCACCACUACCGCCUCCAAACCUGCCUCCUCUUCGACUUCUCGCAUUGCUUUCUUCCCAGAUCUCGGCUAGGGCUCCUCUCCUCCACCGGAUCUCGACCUCUCGACUCCUCUCUCUGCUUCGUCUUGCUCAUCUCGUCGGCCGCCGGGAUGAAUAACCUCCUAUCGGAUUCUUUUGAGCUCCCUCGAGGAGAGCCUUCAAGAGAUGCUGAUAUUGAAUUAGGACAGCAGCCUCCAAUCAGUGCUGCAGAACAGGGAUUGGAAGGUUUUUUUAAGCAGGUUCAAGUAAUCGAGAAGCAAGUUGAUAAGCUUUCGACACUGUUAAAGAACCUUCAGUUUGCAAAUGAGAGAUCAAAAACUUUUACAAAGGCAUCUGAUAUGAAAGCAAUCAAGCAACAGAUGCAGAAGGAUAUUGAUGAGGCUGGGAAAAUUGCACGCUUAACAAAGUCAAAACUUGAAGAACUGGAUCAAGAUAAUUUAACAAAUAGGCAGAAGCCUGGAUGUGGGAAAGGAUCAAGUGUAGAUCGUUCUAGAACUGUAACCACUGUAGCAUUGAAAAGGAAGUUGAAAGAUCGCAUGGAUGAAUUUCAGACUCUGAGGGAAAGAAUCCAACAAGAAUACCGAGAAGUUGUAGAAAGAAGAGUUAUUACAGUCACUGGUAGUCGACCUGAUGAAGAGACUAUUGACCAUUUGAUAGAAACAGGCAAUAGUGAGCAAAUUUUUCAGAAAGCCAUUCAAGAACAAGGACGAGGCCAGGUAAUGGAUACCCUUGCAGAAAUCCAAGAGCGUCAUAACACUGCAAGGGAUCUAGAGAGGAAGUUGCUUGAGUUGCAACAGAUUUUUAUUGAUAUGGCAGUGCUGGUCGAUGCCCAAGGGGAAAUGUUGGAUAAUAUUGAAACCCAGGUUUCAAGUGCCGUGGAUCAUGUUCAGUCUGGGACAGUUGCUCUUCAAAAGGCAAAGAAACUGCAGAAGAACUCUCGCAAGUGGAUGUGCAUCGCCAUAAUUAUUCUCCUGCUAAUAGUCGUCAUCAUUGUUGUUGCAGUGAUCAAGCCGUGGGGCAAAUGAGUCGUAAGCCUAAUCAGGUGCCAGUUUCAACGACGUGCAAAUUCCAUAUCCCACGUUCAAUAUAUUCUUUCUGAAAGCUACAGAUUUGUUCCUGCUGUUUGUCUUACCAAUCUGCGUUCUCGUCUGGUUGUUUAAUUUGUGGCAUGCAUGGUGUUGUUGAGGUAAUAAAAUCAGGCAUGCAGGUUCAAUAGUGAAGCUUGACGCAAUUGAGCUGGAACUUUACUCUCGUUAUUCUUUCACUCUUUGAUUGAAUUUGAUUGGAUUUAGAAUGUAAGAUUAGACGUCGCUUCAGCUCACAGUUUUGGUUUAGGAGUAAAAGGCUAUAGUAAUUUGACCUGAUAUUAUAAUUAAAAUGUAAAGUACGAAAGUAGUUUGAUUCUCGUGUCUGCCGAUGUUUCAUUUCAA